AUGAAGUCGUCCUCUCUGUUGUUUAUGACCACCUUCGUGUACGCUGGCAAUUCGCCCUCUAGAAACUUCAAGUGGCUUCUGGCAAAGCCACCAGGAUUCGGCAUUUGUGUAAGGUAUGCUGAUGACGGGCGUGGAUACGAUGACGUGCACAAAGAGAAGAUUGACCAGAAUGAAACGGGCGAGGGCCCUUACACUUGGCCAGAUUUUGUUGUUGGGACUAACAGUCACGAGGCUCCAAAUGAGAAAGAUCUAGCGACGAAGGAAGCUAUCGAAAAGAAGAAACAGAAAAUCAAGUGUUGGCUCGCUUAUCGGCAGAAGAAGGUCCCCGACUUAGGGAAAGUCAAGGAUUCGCUCCCUGACACCAACGAUCCCGCAAUCAUCAUGCUGGCGUGGCUUACUGGCACCAGCAUUUCAAAACCUCGGCUUCCAAUUGCCUACAACAUGUGGGGGCAUGUCAACAAGCAGAAAAUCAAUGACACGUACACCAACACACACAUUUACAAGCCGCUGCCAAAGAAUCUGCAGACUGGUGGCUACCACUUUUAUCUAUAA